UAUAAUUCUGUCACAUUCUCCGUCUUGAAGCAAAGCAAGCAGUGCCUGUACACCCAUACAAUGAGAGCUCUCAGCUAUUUUUGGAUGUACCGUAGGCUUUUACUAAUAUGUCUUACCCCACUGCUUUUGCUUCCAUUACCUCUCAUCAUCAAAACAAAAGAAGCAGAAUGUGCAUAUGUAUUAUUUAUAGUUGGCAUUUUCUGGCUCUCAGAAGCUUUACCACUUUCCGUAACUGCAUUUAUACCAGCCUUGAUGUUUCCAUUGUUUGGGAUUCUGGAAUCUAAAACGGUUGCAUCCACUUACUUUAAAGAUUUUCAUCUAUUGUUGACUGGGGUAAUUUGUUUGGCAACCUCAAUAGAAAAAUGGAACUUGCACAAAAGGAUUGCUUUACGGAUGGUCAUGCUAGUGGGUGUGAAUCCUGGAUGGCUUAUGCUGGGAUUUAUGUUCAGCGCAGCUUUCCUGUCCAUGUGGCUCAGUAACACCUCGACAGCCGCCAUGGUGAUGCCAAUUGUAGAAGCGGUGGCACAACAGAUCAUUAAUGCAGAAGCUGAAGUGGAUGCCAUGCAAAUAGGGGCAUCAGGUGGCAUUAACAAUGAAGCUUUAGAACUCGAUGAAAACAUCACUGAAAUUGAUAAAGACUCUGUUACUGUGAAACAUGUUAAUGGCUAUAGUAAAAGCUCUGAAACUACCUGGGACACUGAAAAAAAUGUGGCCAUGGUCAAUUUUAAAAAUGGAGUAUGUACUGCACAUGAGAAGGAAACAGAACAGGUGAUGGAUAAUAUUUAUGAGGUUAUUUACAAUCAACAUGAAAAAGAAAUAGAACAGGUAGAGUCAGCAUCAGAAAACAGGUACCGGUGUAAAAAGGACCACAUGAUGUGCAAAGCCAUGUGUUUAUGCAUUGCCUACUCAUCAACCAUUGGUGGCUUGACAACAAUUACAGGAACUUCAACCAACUUAAUCUUUGCGGAGCAGUUUAAUUCGCGCUAUCCAAAAAGCUCAGAAAUUAAUUUUGGAACAUGGUUCGUACUUUGCAUUCCAAUAACAGUCAUCCUCCUGCUGCUGUCAUGGGUUUGGUUGCAGUGGCUCUUCUUGGGCUUUAACUUUACAGAAAUGUUUAAAUGUGGAAAAGAAAGGACAGAAAGAGAAAAGGCUUCUGCAAAAGUGAUUUUGGAUGAAUACAAAAAACUUGGACGAUUUAGCUAUCAAGAAACUGUUACUCUGAUUUUGUUCAUUCUGAUGGCUCUAUUGUGGUUUACACGAGAUCCUGGCUUUUUUCCUGGAUGGUCUUCUCUCUUUCCUGAGUACAGUGGCUUUGCAACAGAUUCUACAGCAGCCUUACUUUUAGGUCUACUUUUCUUUGUAAUCCCGGCACAUCCAUUUAAGAGAAAAAUUGAGGGAAAAAUCACUUCUGUCGAGUAUGUUCCCCUUAUUACAUGGAAGGAAUUUCAGGCCUGUAUGCCUUGGGAUAUUGCUAUACUUGUUGGUGGUGGAUUUGCGCUAGCCAAAGGCUGUGAGGAUUCUGGAUUGUCCAUGUGGAUAGGCACCAAGAUGUCACCUCUUGGCUCACUUCCCAUAUGGAUUGUUGUUCUUAUAUCUUGUAUAAUAGUGACCUCUGUAACUGAAGUGGCAAGUAACCCAGCUACCAUCACGAUAUUCUUGCCUAUUCUAGCACCUUUGGCUGAAGCAAUAGAAGUAAACCCACUUUAUAUUCUGAUCCCAACAACACUUUGCACUUCUUUUGCCUUCCUUCUUCCUGUUGCAAACCCACCAAAUGCUAUUGUGUACUCCUAUGGUCAUCUACAAGUUAUGGACAUGGUCAAAGCUGGUUUGGGGAUCAACAUCCUCGGCGUUCUUGUGGUAAUGCUUGCUAUCUCAACAUGGGCCAUCCCAAUGUUUAAUCUUCAAACCUAUCCUUCCUGGGCACCAAUCAUCUCUCCAAAUACCACAGUUAUACCAUAGAAUACCUGAAGAGCAUCAGUGUCUUCUAACAAUCUUAUUGUCCUAAGUAAAGGGUUUUAAUGCAACAAAAAAAGUAAAACCUGUAAAAAUAGCUCAUUCUGCACACAAAUUAUAUGUAUUAUCCAUAAAUCUCUGUAGAAAAAAUACCCUACCAGAGAUUAAGGGUGCCAUACUUAGUGACAAAAACUUCAUUCAUUUACACACACUCAAUAAAAAAAGAUAUUUGUUAUAAGAUUACAGAGAAUGAUGUGUAACCUCAAAAACUCAGAAGAAACAGUUGUGCAUUACUGGGAUCAUAGAGAACCAAAUGCAGUUAAGUUUUACCUCUCCAUUGUAAACUUCCUGAUCUAAGAACAUUAGGACUCGGAGAUGUCUACAACCUCAACUUGCUCGGUUUAAAACAAAGGCCAAAAGAAGAAGGACCAGAUGAAAAUGUCAAAAGGAGAUUCCAGGAAAGUGUUUCUCAACUCAAAACUCACAAACACAAAGAAUAUAAUCAAUAGCCAAUUCAAUUGCUGCAUCUCAUAACCUGAAGUCAUCAAAGACUUGUUUUCUCCAGAUGACAUGAAGAUGUGGAAUUUACCUGUAGCUCUCAGUUCUAUGAUGUAUGCUUCCUGUUUGUGAUUUCAAUUCGAUUUUCAGCUAUUAUUUCAUGAUAUGUCCAAAUGAAGACACCUGCUUUGUUAUGAAAUCCAUCAUCUGAAUUUAUUCUUCAUGGAUUUUAUUUUAACUAAAUUUACUUCCUGUAAAAUCUUUGUAUCUCAGAAUAAAACAUUUACUAUGUUGAGCUAGAA